AUGUCUGCACCACCUUAUGAAGGAGCCCCACCCUACCCUCCCUACCCACCUCCACCACAAUACGGUCAACCUGUUUACAAUCAACAACCUGGCUAUGCUUAUCCACCAGGUCAAGUGAAUUACGGCUAUCCAACGCAGCCGAUCCCUAAUCAAGGAUAUCCCGGACAAAGUUAUGGACAACCUCAACCACCGUAUGGACAGCCAUAUCCGCAACAACCUCAAGUAGUAAUGGUUGACCAAAAUCGAAGACGUUCUGGCGAUGGGGGGAAAUGUUGUCUCGUCGCAUUGCUAGCUUGUUGUGCCGGAUGCUGCCUCGCAGAUUGUUGCGAUUAG